AUGACAAGAAGUUCUGAAGGAAUUCGAGAAUUUAAAGACGCCGACUUGCGCAGCGCGGAUGGCGUGUUUUGGCUGUUGGCGGUGCCCAGCUGCAUUCCUCGCUUCCACUUACAGCGUGCCUUCUUUCAGGCCUGGCUGAAUGAGAAGUUUGCACCGGAGCUGCUGGAGAGCAAACCGGAGAUCAUCGAGUGUGUUGUGGAGCAGCUGGACCAUAUGGAGGCAAACCUGAAACGGGCAAAGAGAGGGGACUUGAAGGUCAGCGUUCACCGCAUGGAGAUUGAAAGGAUCCGCUAUGUGCUCAGCAGCUACUUGCGAUGUAGGCUCGUGAAGAUAGAGAAGUUUUUCCCCCAUGUCCUGGAGAAAGAGAAGUCUCGAGCCGAAGGGGAGCCUUCCAUCCUAUCACCAGAAGAGUUUGCCUUUGCUAAAGAGUACAUGGCAAACACAGAGACUUACCUGAAAAACACUGCCCUAAAACACAUGCCGCCCAACCUGCAGAAAGUGUCUCUCUUAAAAUCAGUUCCAAAGCCCAACCUGGACUCCUUCGUGUUCCUGAGGGUGUUGGAGCGUCAGGAGAACAUCCUGGUCGAGCCAGAGACAGAUGAGCAGAGAGAGUACACCAUCGACCUGGAGGAGGGCUCGCAGCAUCUCCCCCGCCCGCGCCGUCCCGGGGCCAGCAGGUGGCGCUGGGCCGAUGUGGUGGAGCUCGCCGUGGGGCCACCCCGCUGUAUGGAUGAGGAGACCCAGCAGUCCAUCACCUUAAUCUGUGCCUCUGGAAGAGAAUGUGCAGAGCGGGAGCAGCUUUUCCAGCUUCCAUGGGGUCUGCUGUAA